AUGGCCUCCCGCCACCCGCGUCCCCAGCGGCUGUGGCUGCUGGCGCCGCUGGCGCUGUGCGUACUACUCCACCACCAAAGCGCGGCCUUGACUCUGUGCGGGAGCCAGCUGGUCGACGCCUUGGCGUUUGUAUGCAACGGGCGAGGCUUCUACGCGGCGCCACCAGCUGGCGUGCAGCGGCAGCGGCAGCAGCUAGGCGGCAUUACAGAAGCGUGCUGCCUGCGCGCCUGCUCGCUGCUCGUGCUGGAGCGCUACUGCGCACAGCCGCAGCUGCUCCCGGCAAGUGGCGUUGGUGGCCACGCUGCUGCUGCCUGUUUAGCGAGCGCUGCGGCAGGCACGCUGUGGAACCUGUCGUGCCACGAGUCUCUGAGGGCUGCGCUGGUGGAGCUUUGCCUCCCGGCACUGGUGGAGCACGUGCUGGUGCCAGAGAGCGGCUGGAGGAGCAAUUUUGGAGACUCACCCGCCUCACCCUCCCCACCCGGCUCGUCCGCCUCGCCUUCCGCGGCGUUCUGCAACGCCUUGACGUGCCUGCGGGUGGCGGAUCCCGCCGGCGAGCCGGAGCCCACGGCACCUCCUCCCACGGCACCUCCUCCCACGGCACCUCCUCCCACAGCAGCAGCUCUCGCAGCAGCAGCUCCCACAGCUCCUCCCGCAGCAGCGAUGUCGCCGCGGGAAUUGCAUCAACUCCGUGACGAGUUGCGGGAUCUUCAGAGGGAGCUGGGGGGGGCGACGCCGAGACCCGACCAGGAGCCCCCAGAGCAGAUCGCCGCUGGCGCUGCCGCCGGCAGAGGCACCGGCCGCACGUCUUGGCUCUAGCGCGAGCGAGUUUCACCCUCGCCGCCGCCGCGGCGUCACCGGCCAAUCGAUUUUUGCCACCUCACGUUCCAUUUACUCGCCCCCCCCCCCCCCCCCAAUGCACCGCCGCCGUUUCCACCGUCUCUUUGCUCAACGUUCUUCCGUCGUCAAGGUUCAAUGGGAGGCGACCGUCUGUGCCUUUUGUAAAGAUUCUAGCGGCAGAGCGCGGGCACCCCACUCACGCGACGGUGUGGGGGCGGCACGUCGGGCUCCCAGCCUCGUAGCUCGGGGGAUUCAGCUCUGCUGGGUUUGUAGCCCAGAGUGUUGGGAGCAGAGGUCGCAAACGGGGUUUGAUUCCUUAGCCGUACCCGGCCGCACCAGGGUCGCAAACAGGUAU